UGGCACAACACGCACCCGUAUAUGCACCUUGGGCGAAAAGUGACAACCGGGUUGCCUGCUUGUUGACAAAAAAAAAUUCGCAAAAAUUUCACGAAAAAAGAAACGAUCGCCCCGCAAAAUCUGAAUUACGCCCGUAAAAUUGACUCUCGGCGAGUAAACGAGGGGAUUAGCAGGAUCUUGGCCGGCUCGUAGAGCAACACAGCCGUCACGAUUAGCGGGGAAAGCAGAGUUCGCAAAAUGUCCUUCAGCACGGACCUUCCGGAAGCCAAAAAACCGUGCAAAGGCAUUCUGAAAUCAUCCAGCAGCUUCGAUAAACACUCGUCCGCGGCCACCUCGGCUCACCGGAAAAGUGCAAAGUUUGACGAGUUGAACGUACUACAGACGCAUCAUCCACCGGAUAAGGACUAUGGCCACAUGAAGGUAGACGAACCAAAGACGCCGUACAACUAUGUCGAACAGGAUGACGUCGACCAGCUGGACGCCGAGUUGCUGGUUGAAAGACUUCGAGUGGCCGCAAACACACGCACGGAAUCGUUCUCCGAAGAGGAAGAGUCCGAGGAGGAAGAGGAAGAGUUGACUGAAGAACAAAAGAAGCGCAAACUGGAGUUCGAACGUCGCCGCAAGCUACACUAUAACGAGUUCGAAGCGGUAAAGGCAGCUCGCAAACUAAUCGAAGAAGAAGACGACGACGAUGAGGAUGACGAUGAUGCUGAUGAUGAUAAAGAGGCGGCAUCGGGGGUCUCUAAACGCUCGGACUCGCGGGUAGCUGAAGGUUCGGCUGUAGCGACUGGUGCCGGACCGAGCGCUUCCGCACUGGAGGAAGAUACGCACAUGGAAGUGGAAGAGCAGGAGGAGGUGGACCGGAACGGCAGUGCUGGUGGCUCAGAGGCGGCAUCCAGCUUUUUUACUCCCUCCGACAGCUUAGCACCCCGUCUGAAACCAGGUACGGAAGAUCUCGUUUAGGAGAACGUUCUACUAGCGCGUCUACCGGGACGGAAAACGGAAAUAAUCGAUCGGGAGGAAGGAUUGCUGCGAUAGAAUAUUGUCACAAUGGGAGUCUUCCUCUCCCUCCUUUUUUCUCCGUUCAAUGAACAACUCACAGCCAGGGACGACACCACUGAAAUGUCUUCGCGAUGGCGUGCAGGUGGCAUGAGGACCUUUCUAUGAUUGCCACGUUUUAUUUUUUCAUUUCUACCAUUUUAAAUCCCUAAAUUGUACGAAAAUACAGUGUUCGAAGUUGAGACGGCUUACUGCUAGAAGCAUGGUAGCAGCCACGUAAUAGAUCUAUCCUGUGUUGACGGGAACGCUAGUAGAGACACCAUCCUAGUAGCCCUCUCUUUUCGGAUUGCUCAUGUAAUCUCUUUAAUGAUCUUUUGCUUUUUUCUUUCUUUUUCUUUGCUUUUGUUUUUAAUUUUGUUCAUCUAACGCAUGUUGUGCUGUACGAUGCUCACAAUAAUGCCUUACGAUCCUCUACCGCUCGCUUUAAAAUGUUCGUUCUACACUUUCUGCGCACAGUCCUGAGUGUGGCUGUCAUUGAGGAAGCCUCUGAGCAUUACGCAACUCGUAGUUCGGCGAUCGCAUUGAUCAUGGUGGUGUCAAUAGGCGCGAUGCUCUUUUUCAUUGUCACUUUCACCUUUCUCUUCUACUGGUUCAAGCAGAGCAGAACUUGAGCUGGUUAGUGAGUGUCGGUGUUAGGAUAUGCAUUACCAAAUAAGCUAAAGAUCUCCCCGCAGUGAGUGAGAAUACACAUAACAAGAGAAGCACGAUCGGCAUGCGUUGCUGUAUCCAUCACACUUCCCACUCCCUUUGUUUUGUUUUGGUACUAUAGCAUGUUAAAAAUCGUCCCCAAAACAGAAGCCCCUUUCGUUGGUUAUAAUCGUUAAAUGAUUUAACUGUAAAUAACCUCGCAGAUAUGGCGCAGAUUGUGUUGUGGAUGCCAUGGUUGGUGUUACCAGCGUGGCUUGGCACUAUUUACAAGUUCACUCACCACAUUUUCAGUAGUUCUUGUUGUAAGAUUUCAUCGAUUGAUACACACUUUAUUAACCAUAGAUUACAUGAAAGCUCAUUUUGGUCCACACUUUAUGAACGCGCUUGAGACUUUUGUGAGAGCACACGACCUAACAUAAAUACCUCCUUUCUGUAGUGUGAAGUAAUCAAAUGUGUAGACAUAACCAACCAGCAGCAUGGCAUGGUGGCCAUACCAUCAGCUUAUGCUUUUUGUUCAAAGAGGCAGGUGCGUGGGUAGCGUCUACUUUGUCUCGUGCGAGUGACCCCGUUACGUGCUCCAGCCGUCUACCGCUUCCAUACGAUGCAUUCAUCUGAAUCACACGGGGUUGGUAAAGCUUGUGGUGAUUUUAUCAGAAUAUUCGGCUUAUUAGUGUAACAUAGAACAGUAGCACAAUCAAACAAUCGAAACAAUCAAUAGCGCGAAAGUGCAAACAGCGCUUUCGGCGUUUUGCGAAAUCGGAAAUCGCCAAAAAUUGAUUAGACUCAGCCAACCAGUAUCGCAGAUUGUGUGUGUGUGUGUGGAUAGUGUUGAUGAUAGGUAAGGGAAUCAUGAUUUUAGCAACGUGAUGCUGAGUGAAGUAAUGACGCCGUUGUUGUCGAUCGAACAAAGCAAUAGAAGCAAUAGAAGAACGAAACAUCAAAACGAAAUUCGCUACGCAAUUAAUAAAGUAAUACAUUUUGCACUGGUCGCAGAGAAGCGGGCCAAAUAUUGAGGAACAAAUUUAUCAUGGAAAAAAAUAAACACCGAAGGUGGUAUGCUUCGUGCGCUUUAGGUAGCCAAAUCGGACGUUAUGGACGAUAAUCAAAAAACCUUUAUCCCUGAAGCCACUUUGGGGAACAAAAAUCAAAACUCUAAAAAAUGACCCCUAAGUCGGUUUGCAAAAAGUGCGUCACCAGAAAAUGGUACUGAAACACACACACACACACACCCACUAUCCCUCUAUCUGCCGGCCUCUCUGGCAGUUGAGCACACUUCGAUGUGCUAAAUAUCAUACGCUUGAUUCAUGCAACAGCAGUGCGAAAUGUAUUUAGCCAAGAAAAUGUUAGUUUUACUACAGUCGAUGUACGUUUUAAGCUAGCCUGCUUUAUGUUUUAAGCGGAAACUGAUUUUCUAUAUUCUGUCGAAUGUUGCGGCUGCCGUUGCUCGAUAGCAACGCCCGUGGCAGCUGCAAAAGCGCCGUACUAUUCUUCCCAAGAGCGUGACGGGGAGAAAAGCAUAACUAGUAUUGGAAGUUUUAAGGAUUUCAGCAAUAUGUUGGCCAAUGUGCCGAAUAUGGUAAAAUUGUUUUCUCAGCAAAUAUUUAGGAACAAAGAAAUGUAAGAACAUACUCUGUCUGUUGGCUCAGUUUGGUCAAAGCGCGCAUGAGAAGCGUAGUAUGUAAGAAGAAAUGUAAGUUGCGUACUGAAAUACCAUUGUUAAUUGGAGGAUUUGACUAAAAAUUGGGUAGGAAAGUGGUUAAACAGUGGUUAAUGUGAGCGACGAGAACAAUGAAUCACAAUGCUUAUUGGAUACACUGGAAUGCGAAAACCGCCGCACCGCGAUUGUGUGAAGUAGUAAAUUUUAAAUAUUUUUUUAAUUUUCUACUCCACACCGAUUGAACAACUGUUAAAACCUGUUUUAUUGGUCACUUUCUUUCGAGAGAUUAAGAUGGAAUAUAGGAAGAUUGAAAAACCCUAAAACAUGCGAGUGAGCAAUUGAAUUAGUAGAUAUAUUUUAGUGCUUUAUCGUACGUGUGUGCGCGUGUGGGUGUGCUUGAAGCAUAGCAGAAUUGAAUGAAAAGUAAGUUAAUUUGUUGAAAUCGACUCUUAGUAGGCUGCGAGAGCAAAACUUAAGGUGGUUUUUUGGGGUUUUUAAAGAAAAGCAAGCUAAGAAGGUGAGAUGCGUGAGCUUCUUGAGAGUGUUCGAAACGAUUUUAGCGAUUUAAUUGUCGUUUUACCAUUCUUCUUUCCACAUUUUUACGUUUGUACUCCAGCAGCUACACCGGACACUGGCGACAAAAACAAAAAACAGGUGUCCAUUUGCGUUCCGGGAAUUUCAUGGCUUUCUGUUUCAGUAGAAAAGAUAAGAACAGGUGAACAGGUUAACAUAUACGAUCUCUGCGCAGCGCUGAGGGACAAGUUGCCUAGAGCGAGGUGGUCCAGAGAUACACAUAACGAGUGCUAAAUCGGAACGAACUAUGAACUAUUUAUUAAGAAGUUGAGAAUACAUCGGAUAGCCAGCGGAGAAAUUAGAAACAAUUAAAUAUUAUAUAUUAUUUGCUACUGAUGAUGAAUAAAAACAUAUUGACGAGUA